GAAUUAGUUUAUUCGAGCAGCCAAACAGCACUCGCAUGUCUACGAUAAUCCUUAUCUUUCACUCUCUCGGCAGACGGUAGUCCACUCACAAUUCGCAUAGCGAGACGAAAACCACUGGAGUGGCCACAGAAAAACCUCUAUAUCUCUAAUCACCUGUAAAAUGGCGAAGGGAAAGAAGGAAUUGCUAUCUAAAGCGCCAUGGAGAGGCGACGAUGACGGCGAAGCCGACAAAUUCAAAGACGCGAAGCUCAAAGUCACCAAUCAGCCCGGCUCCACUCCUACCAUGCACGUCCCUCGCAAAAAGAAUAACAAGCGCGGGUCCGAUGGAGCUGACUCUGACUCUGAAGAUCCCCUCGAGCUCGACCCCGAGCUCCGCUACAGCUUCCAACGCAAUUUUCAGUUUCUUCAGAGAGUAUUUAGCAUUGACACCGUCGUGAAGCCUCUUCCACCUGCUAUGGCAUAUAACGUUUCUCGCAAUUUGAGCUUCUUCACCCGAAUCUUUACUCAGUUCUUUGGUACAUUGGGACCACACGCCUUCAAGGCUUCAAUUAGUUAUCCAUAAAUUAUUGCUCAACCGAUCUAAUAUUGUGACUUCCCAUGGCGAUGAAACCAUGGUGUCCAGUUAUUUAAGAGCUAGUUUUUACUUUCACCCAUAUGCUGGUGUAAGUUUUUCUUUUAAUUGGAAUUUGCUGGUGCAGUUAGUUAACCCUUUAAUGUUGGUAUAGUUGGUGCUGUUAAUCCUUUGACUGUUCUGAAUCAAGUUGUAAAUGUAUUUAAGCUCCCAUCAUUUACAAACUGUAAGUGCUGUAGCUGAAAGAGAACCAGAAUUUCACAUUUAUGUGCUUAAUGUUUUCAAAGGAAAAAUUUCGUGCUCAUAGUCUUAGGUAUAAAAUAUGACUUGAACUUGAAGUUCUGAUCUCUUCAUUGUUAAAUUAUUGCCUCUUGGUUUGAAUUUGAGUGCUAGUCGGAUCCAAUGUACUAAAAAAGAGUGCAUUUCUACUUAAGUAGAGUAGGAAAAUGGAGAUUUUUACAGUAAAUGAGCUUAUUUUGAUGUUGUUCCAGUGACCCCUUGAUCAGGCAAUUAACUUGGUGAGAUCUUUCAAUGUUUAAAAUACUAUGUACAUUGGGACCACCUGUGUGCCUUUGAGGCUUCAAUUAGUUAACCAUAAGUUAUUGCUCAACCAAUCUAAUAUGAUCGCUUCCCAUGUUAUGAAACCAUGGUGCCCAGUAAUUUAAGUGCUAGUUUUUACUGUCACCCAUAUGCUGGUGUAAGUUUUUCUUUCAAAUGGAAAUAUGCUGGUGCAGUUAGUUAACCCUUUAAUGUUGGCAUAGUUGGUGCUGUUAAUCCUUUGACUGUCCUGAAUCAAGUUGCUAAUGUAUUUAAGCUCCCGUCAUUUACACACUGUAAGUACUGUAGCUUAAGGAGAACAGAAUUUCACAUAUAUGUGCUUAAUCUUUUCAAAGGAAAAUUUUCGGGCUCAUAGUCUUGGGUAUAAAAAUAUGUCUUGACCCCUUGGUUUCAUGAUGUAAAUCUUCUUUGAUAAAAUGACUCUCCCUGUCAAAAAUUAUUUUAAGGGUCGGUUAAGCCUUGUUAGUGGUUAAUUUUCUUUAUAUGCUUCAUUUUCUUAGUUAUUUACAUUGUUAAGUUGUGAUUUGUUUGUAAUACAGAUCCUAAAGGCAUUGAAAAUGCACAGAAAUCACUUGGAUUAGGGCAGGAAGAGAAAGCUCGUCGGGUCCGUUGA